AUGUCUGGCGAAGACUUGUACUUGUCAAUCACUCCCCUCAAGGUCUCGGCCAUUCCCGCCGAGAGCGCGAUCAUCAAGGCUGGUCGCGAACUUAUCGACUCAACUGCGACCUGGAAGCAGGGCAAGAGCUACCAGAAGAAUACGGUAAAAACCUUCCACCGCCCCAAGGGGCCAAAGGACGGCACCGCCUGGUACGCGCGAGUGAGCGAGCACAGCAAGGAGGAUGCGACCUUCGACGAAUUCUGGAGCAAGCUCGGCCAGGACAAGGCGGAGAACGAGAUGCAAUUCAUCCCGGACAUCAAGAAAGUCAAAUUGGUGAAGCAGAUCUCCCCUACCCAGCAAGUCUGGACGCUCUUCUACCAAUUCCCGCCCCCGGUCUCUCCGCGCGUGUUCACCGUGGUGCAGACGACCUGGCUCAGCGAAUCGUCCCCCAGGACGGGCAUCAUUGUAUCCAUUCCAGUUGACGUUACGGGCGAAGAGGAAUUCGCCAAGGUGGAAGAGAAAGGUGUCAAGGGCCGUUACGUGAGCGUCGAAUGCCUCCAGGAGCUCGAUAACGGCAAGGUCGAAUGGCGGAUGGCCACGUCCAGCACCCCAGGCGGCAACAUACCCCAGUUCGUCGCCGACUCAUCCAUGGCGAGCACGAUCUCUCAUGAUGUGACUCACUUCCUUGCAUGGUUGCACAAGAAUCGGCCCUCGGAACCUGCUACGACCACAGCUACCGCGGAGGCUGCACAGCCAGAGGUGGCAGCAGCCACCGCAGUUUAG